CAGGUGAAGAGAAGAAAUUGGUUGAGGAGGUUUUCAAUAACGCCAUAGAUUGUUUGUCAGACGACGACAAGAAGUUACCUCAGGUAUGACAUCCCGAUGUGUAGCAGGAGCUUACAUGUCAUUCAUUUGGGCUGAACUAUGCGCAUGAUUAUAGCUAUAGAGGUGAUUAUAGAGAAUGACGUAAAUUAUGUAAUACUUCAAAUCUAAAAAUGUGGAUUGGAUUUCAAAUCCAGGCAGUGAGUUCCGCAAACUCAACAGCUGUUGCGUUUGGAGGUAAAGGCUUGCGAGGUGGUGAAUUCCACUCUGAGGUGAUGACUGAAACAUACUGGAGUUUGAUACAGUCUCAUUUACUUCAUUUUUGCAAUACGACUUUUUCAAACCUCAUUCAGUCGAGUAAAGCAUAGCAGCCAAUUCUGUGAAGCAAAUCUCUAACUGAAACAUUAGUGAAGAUCCAUGCCGAUGAUUAUCGUAUUGUAAAUCAAACCAGCCAAUCAAAUGCUCAGUUUACAAUAGGGAUGAUAUUUUUUAUAAUCGGCUAUUUGCCGAUAUUCGCAAUUUUUUCGUUUUUUUAAGAAAAAUAACUCUAUAAUCUAGUAAUCUACACUCCGUGUUGUUUUUGACACUUUCGUUGCGCGUAUUUAAUCCCAUAUCCAUUAAUUAAUUUGACUCGUACAGUGACCGAUAACUGUCCAAUGUGAGUAAAUAUUUUCCGGAACACACUAAAACUAGUACGUCAAUUUGUGGCGUAUACACAAGUAUUAAAAGUUGUCAAAAAACCGUUAUCCGGCAGAAAUAUCGGAUUUAUUAUUUUUUUAUAUCGGCUUCGAUAUAUCGGAUCGGCGAAUCGUUUUUUUUUCUGGUGUCGGCUCAUCCCUAGUUUACAAACCUGUUUGUGAAUUUCAUUAUGAACUUUUGAACUUGGCAACGAAUUUGCGAAGUGCGGAACGAAGUUCACAACAUUUUAGUGAAAAGUAAGUUGAAAUCAACUGUAAGGGUUUAUUAUCUCGAAGUGCGCACUCGGAUUCAAUUCAAGAAAGAUCAGAGAAUUUAGGGAUGGACCAUUCGAUAUCUGGGGGAAAUUUUUAUUGCAUUUUUUUUAAGUUCGGUGCUCUGUCGAACUUUUUUUACGGUGUAAAAGCUGUGCAGGAAUUUCUAUACAUGUCUGUAUAUAUUUCUGUGCCUAAAUGCUUGCAUGAGUUUUUUGGGGGAUGUGCCACCCCCUGUCAGUGUAUCUAAUGGUCCACCCCUUGCUUUGCCAAAUUCUUCAAGUAAAUACAGAGUGUAGAUUAAUGAGUGAGAUCAAACAUCUGGCUUAUUAAACGAUGAGGUAGACAAAUAGGAAAGCAGACAAUGUUUUUGAAAACGACGAAAUUUGUCAAUAUUCCAGUGACGUGCUCUGACAAAUAUUCUUUAAUACAACGUUGGUGAAAGAAUUGCCUAUUAAGGCGAUUACCUCAAUAUCUGCGAUUACAUGUUUUUAAAAAACUAUAUUCAUUCCAGGUUGAACAUGUCUUACCAUUAUUGAAACGUGGUAUUGGUAUCCAUCACUCAGGAUUGCUUCCUAUUUUAAAAGAAACCAUUGAAAUUCUAUUUUCUGAAGGUUUAAUAAAGGUAAGUCGCACACUAUCAGAACGACAGAAGAAGACCACCUUAUAUGCGUGUUCUAUGAAGUUCUAAAUUAUUAAUUGUGUUUAUGUUAGGCGUUAUUUGCAACGGAGACAUUCGCCCUUGGUUUGAACAUGCCUGCAAGAACCGUUGUGUUUACAAAUCCACGAAAAUUUGACGGCAGAGAUUUCAGAUGGGUGAGUAGCACAGAAAGUAGUUAUUGAUUGCAUUGUCUACAUACUCCGUGUCGUUAAGGUGUUUAGGUGCUUGCUCAAUAUGUCGGCUUCUCGCAGGGAAUUGGAUGGGAAGGAGGAAUGGGAAUGACCAGGGAAUCGAUGGGGAAUGACAAGUAGUUGUAGUCGGUCAGCACUGGAUUCUAAUUUGUGCCUAUAUAUAGUCCUCAUGGACCGCGUAGUGAUUCAUGUUUUUCAAAUUUUGAAAAUUACAAGCCCGGAAAGUGCAUUUCCAGCUAUUUACCACAAUAAAAUUUUGUUUAAAAUAACCAUGUGUAUGUUGGAUGAUGAUAGGCAGAUAUAUUUCUGUGAAGCAAAUCUCUAACUGAAACAUUAGUGAAGAUUCAUGCCGAUGAUUAUCGUAUUGUAAAAUAACAAUUACACAAAUAUGUAACGGUCAAGUCGCAGAAUAAGGCACACAGAAGGUCGACUCGAGUAACCGCUGCCACGCCAUGAUUCAUCAUCAAAAUGCUGACGCCACUGGCUAGGACCAUGGCGUCAGCAUUUUUACGGUCACGCCAAAAUCAUUGGAAAAUCAUAGGGAAAACCAAGAAGUCGGGCUUCUGUGUACCAACAUAUUAACAAGAAACAGCAUAUUAUUUUGUUUAGUAUUUAUAUUUAAGGUAGUGAUGGAGUAAAGCAUGCAAAGCAAUAUACAGCAACAAAUUUCAUAAUACUAAUAAUAAAAGGCCAGUAAGUGAUAGACUGGAAAUCUUUGCAAUUAGACAUGAAUUAUUAAUCUUGAAAAAAGUCCAUUUGUGCGGACUCCAAGCCCUAGUUACCACAACACGCUGGCAGACUUGGGAACAAUGUUUGUAACUUCUGGGAGCGUAAUAAACAGCGAUUUAACGCUCGUGGCGUCUUGGCUUUCAGCGAUGCAUGGUCGUUUCUGCAACGUAUCCUCAUCGGGAAUAUCGAUGAUCACGCUUCCACACGAGGAUUUCGGGCUGGCAGUAAACUCAUUGCCAGAGCUUUGGUGGAAUUGUGGUUUCUUCUUGCAGCAGAAACGUCUGCAAAGCCAGAAGUCGAAAAACAUUUUGUAUGAGGUUCGAAUGCGAAUGCGAAGAUAUGUUAAGGAGUUAGACGUAUUGAGAAGAAAUUCAAGAAAGAAAGAAUGGUAAAAUUAAGGAGUUGUAGAUAGAUUGAAGGCACGAAGACAGGGAGGAAGAUGUAGAUGAUGGAAGGAGGGAAGAAAGAGUAGACAUGCAGAUAAAAAGAAUGAGGGAGUAUGAAAGGAAGAAAGAAAGGAAAGAAUGAUUAAUAUUUACGUUACCUCAUUACACUGUAUAUCACAGCACUAAUUAUAACAGUGGCAACAACACCAAUCGCCACGCCAAUCAUCAUACCCUUGUUAAAACAGGGCUUAUUGAAAUCUUCAAAAAAUUUAAUGAAGCCAAAUGCCUUUUCUGAAAUAAAAAACAAGAAGAUUACACGAAUACAAAACCUUAUUGGAACGAGAGGCUUUCGCAAUGAAGUAGUUAUAGUGUUGUUUUGUUACCUGGGCAACGGUAGAAUGGACAUCCGUCUGCUUCACUGCUGUUAUUGGUGGAAUUCUUCUGUUGAGCUAGGAAACAAAAUAAAUAUGUGAUAACAUUAUGAUGGAGUUGUUAUUGUCGUUUUUCUUGCCAGCAACUCGUCGUCGUCGCCGCCGUUGUUGUAUCAGUUGGUAUUAUCACUGUUGUUGUUGUUGUUGUUGUUGUUGUUGUUGUUGUUGUUGUUGUCGCUGUCGUUGUCGCUGUCGUUGUCGUUGUUGUUGUUGUUUUCUCAUUAUCCUUCGUUGUCUUUUGCUUACCAUAAGCCCUAAACGUAGGCGGGUCAAUAAAAAUCGCCGCCGAUUUAUUUUUGUUGUCUUUAAACAUGAGGAGAAUCUCCCAUGUGUACGACUGGUCUAGGCGCUAAAGGACGGCCACUCCUUUCGUAAUGCCUUCUUCACUAUUGUCAGACUCGUUCAACGCACGUGAUCGCAUGGCAGGUGUCCACUUUCCGUUUCUGGGAAAUUUAGCGCCGAUGUAGUUCACUUUGCGCGCAAACACAUGAUACGGUUCAGUUUGCUCUUCUGUUUGCCAUUGAACUCGGGCCACGUUCCUGCCCGACCAAGUCGCAUUGAUAUGCAGAGAAUUGUGUGCUAUAUAAAAAAAAUAAUUAUUUAUACUCUGAUGGUUGACAAGACAAAUUCCAAAGCGAUGCAGGAUAAAUUUUGCAUGCGCGUGGAUGAGUUCAGCACUCGCGCAAUUAGAAAGCAUCACAAUUAAAUUAAUGAGCCCUUAAUUUUUAGCCAACUGCAGCUGAUACAACUAUACUCUACUGAAAUUUAACAAAGUAAUUUUAAAUAUGCAUCCAUUUUUAUAAAAACAACUGUUUUCUAUUCCUGCCAAAACGCAACUAUAAAAAACUGAUUUGCUUUAUUGCAUAAGCAAAAUUAAUAAGCAAAAGUAUAUUUUACACGUUCGCAAAAUGAAUAAACGCGGUAUUUUUCAGUCGCAAAAAGGAACAUUAAUACAAACGUUUUUAAAGUUGAAUAAGAACAGUUUGCAAAUGUGGAACUGUUCCUUCCAGAAAAUAAUAUAAAAAAGACAACUCUAAAUCUUACCUCUAAACUGGCACUUCUCGCCAUAGAAUGCGUCCUGGCGAACACAUUUCACACCCUCAGGUGCUAACAUGCGCACAGCCCGAGGUGGGCAAACACUUUCAGCCUCGCAGUUGCAAGAGAAAACACACAUACCAAAAACAAUCGCGAGGAAAAUGCGGAGUAAAAAUCCGCACGACUUCAUCGCUCAAUCGCUUAAUUAGCUUUGAUAUAAUUCGCUGUGUUCGUCAUAAUUGGACGGUUGCCUACAAGCCUCCCUCACCCCAGUUCACCUGGAAGCAAUGCGCUACAUUUUACAAUCACGGCCAGUUGUCUUAUCCCCAAUAUUUGUAUCCAUAGUCCUUGCAGUUUGCAUGUAACUGGCAUAGUCAUGCAAAUACUGCCAGUUCUAUUAAAAACAAAAUGAUCUCCAAGAUUUUUUAUGUUUAUUUUCUUGUAACGAAAACAAUAAUAAUAAUAACAGGAGCAAAAGUAAGAUUAAUGGAACAAACAUUAUUUGGAAACUCGGUGACUAUUAUUGUUUGGUCGGGUUUAUGGGAGACAAUUAUCUUGGGUUGUGAUAUUUACUUAUUUAUUUCUGUAGAUAACGUCAGGUGAAUAUAUUCAAAUGUCUGGUCGAGCAGGACGUCGAGGUCUGGAUGAUCGUGGUAUUGUUAUUCUUAUUAUUGAUGAAAAAAUGGGCGCAGACGUUGGCAAGGGAUUGCUCAGAGUAAGUUCAAGCCUGUUUCUAUUUCAGCGAACAACUCAUUUUCUCCGAUAUGAUAUAUAUAAGUCAGGUUCUCUUUCAUCUUUUGUUAGUUGUCUAUGCUUAUGGGGAUCUAUUAGACUAGUAAACUUGAAAUCCACCUGACCGCACGACCAAAAACAUACCAGGCAAACUAUGAUCCAUGGAUUGAAGGUCGUGAAGUUUUGGAUUUACAAGUUGUGGAUCUACACGUGAAGCUAUAGUUCAUAGUCUUAGACUAAAGAAUUCUUAAACUGUAGUCUCUUAUUAAAGCUUUUAGUUGUGUUUAGCCCAACUAAAUUAACUUAUUUUCCUAUUAGCUCUAAUCCGUUCUUGCUAGGUGUCCAGUAAUGUUCAUCUCAUCAUGUUACUACAAUAGGACACCCGAGUGCCUAGACAGACAACAUGUUGUGCUUGGUAGAGUAACUGCGUAAAAGUUAGAGAAAAUCAUAAUCCGACAACAGUGUAGAGAGUCGAAGCCAUGAUCGCAGAGGUGGUAUUUAGUGUUGGUUGUAAACCAACCCAUAUAUCGUUGUUUAGGGAAGUGCAGAUCCUCUGAACAGCGCAUUUCGUCUCACUUACAAUAUGGUGUUAAACCUACUACGUGUCGAAGAAGUGAAUCCUGAGAUUAUGUUAGAACGAUCGUUUUACCAAUAUCAGAACUACGCCGCUAUUCCUGAAAUGGUCAAAAGUAAGUACAUGAUGCAUAUAUUUUGUAAAAGACAGUUUUGACAGAAAACGAGACAGUCCAUCAACUGCAGAACUCGGACAUGGCCGAUAUCAUAAAUCGUAUCAAGAUAGGGCCCCGUUUACACGGUACCGGAGGAGUUUGGGAACAGGGCGAUCAAGUUGUAUUACAGUAACAUUUCUUCCACUUUAUGCCAGCGAAAGGCAAUAAAGAAUUGGCUUCUGAUUUCAAAACAACUUGCAGAAACAAAUUUUUCAUUGAAACAUUCAAGCAAGUUACUGGGAUGUUGUCAUACAUGCUUAUAUGCGAGUAAAAGUGCAGGCUGAUUUAUACUUACAUUCCUCUAAACAUUGUUCAUUCUUUAUAAAUACAAGGCAAACAAAUGCACAAUCAACACUGGAAGACCCCUCCAGUGGCGGAAAUUCACUUUUUCCGGGGGGGGGGCAAAGCCUCCUAAAUUUCCGCCAAAGUUUCAAAUUUCCGACAUACCCCCCAUUUGCACUCGAAAAGACUGUUUUUAGCCCUCUUUUAGGUCAAAAUUUCCGAAAAUUCAUCAAUUUUCCGUCGGCCGCCCCCUCAAGAUUUCCGCCACUGGACCCCUCCUGGAACAUGCUAAACUAUACACAUAAAUUCGUCUGUGUUCACGAAUUACGCAGAUAGUUUGUUUUAAGUGAUGGUCCAUCUGUUUGCUGUGUUUGGCAGAUUGGCAGACAAACUAUCUUUACUUUGCUAAUCUUCGGCUAGACGAAUGGGUGAGGUUAUUGCCUACCAAGGUUGAGGUUAUUUAUACGAAGUGAUUAAAUAAAGUUUUCUGUUAAUGUAAUUUUCAAGAGUUGAAAGAGCUGGAAGCUGAACGAGAUGCUGUCGUGAUACCAAAUGAGGAAUCCAUUGCAUCAUUCUAUAAAAUAAGACAACAAUUGAAAAAACUUGGAGAAGAUAUGUUGGUAAGAUAUUUUACCUUGUAUACUUUACCGUUGUAUAAAGUUCGUCCAGACAAAAUGGGUCAUUUUCCGCCUAUACCAAGUGAUUAAAAUGUUCAAACUGCAUGUAAUUUCACAUAGUUAAAAAGUUUGUGCAUAACUAGGGUUUGACUCGGCCAUUGUUAUGACGUCACUGUUCAAACUUCUCAUCAAAGCCUGGGGCUGAGUUUAUUGUCUACCUUUAUUCUUCGGUGUAUAUAUCUUUAUUAUAUCGUGAAUAUUUUACGGAAUAAUAUUGAAUCAGUUAGCGUUAUUCCUAUAUGUAGUACUCCAAGAUAAAAUAUUUCAUAUAUAACGGUGAAAAUGUUGCAAAUCACAUUGAUCAGAAUCAUCCUCAGAUUUAUAACUUCUUGUACGAAUUUAGACAUUGCUGAGAAAUAGAUCAUUUUUUCUCUGCUCAACCCAGCAGCACAUUUCGUGCCAACACGGAGUGAUUGUAAAGUCAAUUUAAGUGCAAGUCUUUAUAUAAGUGUUGAUAAUUUAAGAAUUUAGAUAUUGGUUUAUAUGUUAUCUUGAAUGUUUCUUUUUUAGGGAUUUAUACAUCAACCAAAACAUUGUCUACCAUUUAUGCAACCAGGUCGUCUUGUCCAUGUAAGUAUACUUAUUUCAUUCUCAAGUCAACCAGGUUCUCUUGUUAAAAUGAAGAUGUAGGACUGCUACAUUAUUAAUUACAUAAUAUUUAACUUAUAGUUUCGCUAAGUGUAGAUGAUGAAUUUUUAGUUAAUUUAAAAAAGUUUUGUUUGUAAAAUCACUUGUACGUCAUGUGUAUCAUGCACGCAUGCUUGGUGGUAUAUAAAGUAUUUCCUAUAAGAUAUUCUCUGCGUUUUAGGUGAAGCACGAGGAUAUGGAUUUUGACUGGGGAGUUGUCAUUAAUUUUCAGAAGAAAGCAAACCAGAAGGUAAGUUGAUUUUGAAGAAAUAACUGAGUGAAAAUAUAGGGAUACAGCAUGUGUAACCAAAUUAUCUUUACGGAGAAUAUGUCACCUUGGGCUGGUUGAGCUGGAUUGGCGCUAACCUUGGGUUAAACAUGCUGUUUCGGUUUGCAUUUCUGCAUGUUCAUUUGUUUCGAAACUUUUUAAAUAAAAUUUCUAUUGAAUAUCCAGACAUGAUUUCUGAAAAAAAUUUCUCCAAGUUUAUAAGCAAGCUGUUGGAUAGAUACAGUAGUUCGCAAGUUCUUCGUUAACCCAGGAUUACAUGUAACUACGUCAAGCGUUCCUCUUUUGAGUUUCUAAAUUGAUUGCAAUUUUUCUCAUUACCUUUGCAAUUUAAAAAACUCCCUUGCAAAUCCCUUGAGGGAAUUUGCAAUGUUGCUAAAAGCCGAUAAAAUUUUCCUCAGUUCCUGUUAGAAGUUCUUAACUUCCUCGUACAAGUUCCUAACUUCCCGUUCUGUUCUGCGCGUUGCAAUAGACCUUUCCCCUUUUAAGUGAAAUUUUGAUCUACACAAGUCUGGACAGAAAUUUCAUCACAGCUUGAAAGAGCAUCACAAAAUUAGUAAUAUUCAGAAGUUCGUUGCGAAAUGUUGUAAAAUGCGGAUAAUAUAGCCUUGCGAAGUUUGCCGUUUUUCAGUCAUUUUGUAUUACAAAUGGGAAAUUGAUAAUCAGUUUGAUCAUCUGAUUAUCAAUUUCCCGUUUGUAAUGCAAAAUGACUGAAAAACGGAAAACUUCGCAAGGCUAUAUUAUCCGCAUUUUACAACAUUUCGCAACGAAACUUCGGAAUAUUACUAAUUUUGUGAUGCUCUUUCAAGCUGUGAUGAAAUUUUUGUCCAGGCAUAUCUAGAUCAAAAUUUCACUUAAAAGGGGAAAGGUCUAUUGGCUAAUACAAAUAAUCCACCAAUUACAACGCUCAAAACAGAACAGGAAGUGAUUAAAUUAAAACAGGAAGUAGAUUAAGUUUCUUGCAUUGGAAUAUUGCAACAGCCAUAGGAACAUUGCAAAUUCCCUCAAGGCAUUUUCAAAGAGUUUUUCAAACUUGCAAAGCUAAUAAGGAAAAUUCCAAAUGAGUUAGGAAGUCAAAAGGGGAACGCUUCACGUAGUUUACCUGUAAGCUCACCGGCUUUCGAAUAACUUCCCCCUGAAGUCCAUAGAGCUUCGCUUGAAUCGUGAAUAAGACCUUGACUUUGGAGCCUUUUGACACGCACGUAUUUGUAAAGUUUUACUUUAUACACCUGUAUCAUUUUGUAAAUUUCUCGCAAUAACAAGAUCAGGUCUCAAACACGAAAACGAAAUUCUAUAUAGCCAUGCAAGGUAAAAUACUUUCUGGAAGAGUCGACCGAUGUUCACACUGCGCGUAAUAUUUGCAAACGUUGCAAACCUUCCCUAUCUUUUUCGUGAAUUACAUUUAGACCCCGUUCACACUGUACCGGAUUCGCUGGUUACGACAUCUUCGUUUGCUGCCCAGGAGCAACAUUUAACAACAAAGGUUUACACUUUCGAUAACGUCCGUACAACUGCUUGUUACUACCAUUAUAAAUGUUUAGGCUAUUUCAUUGACUGUUAAAACUGAUGCCGUGACCAGCGAAUGCGGUACAGUGUAAACCUUGGCCUUACUUAGCUACGUUUAUACAGCGCCAUUAGUUGGUGCAACUUCAGAUCCGCUUAUGAAAAAUAUUUGAAACAUACGUUGUAAACAUCGUAUGAUAUCAUCAUUACUUGAAAUUUUUCAUUAUUAACAGAAGCUAAACCUGCAAUCGAUCUGACAAAUUGCAGUGUAGAAAUAUACCUUUCAUCAUAUUAUCUUCAACAGGGUGUGUCUGAAGAAUCAUUGUACGUAAUGGAAGUAUUAGUGAACUGUUCAUCAAAACCUACCAAGACAGCAACUGGAAGUAUUCCCAAUCCUUGUCCACCAGGAGAGAAAGGAGAGAUGCAGGUCAGAUAUUCUGCCCCUUUUCCAUUAAUUUAGCGAUACUGCUAUACAAUAUUAGCUUAUAUUCUCUUAGGAUUUUCAGAACAUUGGAUUUUGACACGAGAAUGACUCAUGCAUACUACAUUUUCUGUCGUUAAUCAUGUUAUGUGUUUUUUUGCAGUUAGCGAAAUUUAUUUUAACAGAAGAUGACUUUAUUUCGAGUACAAUUCAACAACGUGGGAUAUUCUUUUCAUCAACUAUGUAUACUCUUUAUUGAGUGAUCGCAAUAUUCACAUAGCUACAACAACCUACCUUUCAAUUGUAUGUGACAAAUUAAUCAGUUGUAAUGCCUGAUGUGAGAUAUUUUGUUCCUAGGUGAUUCCAGUUCUUCUUCAGUUAGUUCAAGCUGUGAGCACUGUAAGAUUAUAUAUUCCUAAAGAUCUCAGACCACUUGAUGCCAGACAGAAUGUUGGAAAGUCGAUACAGGUUAAUAUACAUUGUUUAAUCCUUUCUUAUUUUGCUUUCUAUUCUACUUGUACCCUCCUCGUUUUGUUAUCACAACAAUACACAAGGAGAGCACGUCGUUGUAGACCCUUGUUUUCAUGAAGCGAGGCUCGAAGCCAAGGGAAAAUGUGUUUCUGAAAGAGUGUAUUGGUCUAUCUUUACGUAAUUAAAAUCAACAUCGGUAGUUGUGAUGCUUGUUAUCCCCAGCAGGGAUCACAUCUGCAGGGCUUUCAGAACUGGCUGUGUUGAAAAAGUAGGCGGCUGUGGGACGGUCUAGAGAGUCUUAAAGUCAUCCAAAUUAACUAAGUGUAUGUUGAUUAGAUAGCAACACAACUGAGUUCUGUACCAAAUUAUAAUGUAUCAUUACUUUCAUUCUUCAGCAAGAUAACUUCAAGAUUUAAGAUGGCAAGUAACUAAAUCAGUUUUAGAAAAUAGUACGUCGUUUUCGAAAAUAACAUGCAGGCUAUAAAGUAGACCAGGUUGAGGAAAAAUAAGUUGAAAGCUUAGAGUGGAGGAAGGAGAGCAUAAUUAAUACUAAACAAAGUAACCGACGGUAAACCUCGUGGCACUCGCCCGAUCUGCAUCUGUCAACUCGUCGUAUAUGUGUAAUGGAUAUCCUGCGUUGUGUGAAUACGUAUAUUAUUUCCAAGUGUCUAUCCAGAUAGGUCAACGUUGGGUUGGAUUAACAGUUGAAACUUUCAGAACUAAUUAAUGUUUCAGCAAGUGUCCCGACUCCAUUUGGAUACAAUUACAAGCUACUUUUAUCACAAUGUAUCCAAUACGAUUCCAAACCUCAAUGGUCUUUUUAUGACUAUACAAAAUAGCAAUUAACAAUGAUUCAUCGACAUCUAUAGCAUGUCAGUGUUAUACGCGAGUAUUCUGUGUUAGAUUUUGCACGAAAAUAGGUUUUAAGACAGAAGCAAGCGAUUUUUAAUCCUUAAGUAGUGCAAUGUUAAACUUAACUUAAACAUAAAAUCCCUGGUUAUUCUUCACAUUCUAUUGGCGUAUAUAAUCUAAAACAUUUAAUGUUUCUGGUAAAUUCUAGGAAGUGAAGAAGAGAUUUAAAGAUGGUUUGCCAUUGUUGGAUCCUAUUGAUGAUAUGGGGAUUAAAGAUGAAGGAUUAAAGUCGAUUGUUAGGGUACUGCACCAGGAUGUUGUAAAUACAUUAUUCAGUACAUUGGACACUGUAUGUUUUAAGAACAGAUAUUGGGUGUUAUUCGGUAGCGAAAAGAUUGGCAAGGAACUGAAAGCAACGUUUACGUCAUUGCACCCACACUCCAAGAUUUUUACAACGAUGCGUAGAGGAGAAAACUGUCAAGUCAGGAAAAAAGACAGUUCAGGAAAAAGUGCUACCCAGUGAUCUCAGGGAUGUCGCGAAGCCAUCAACAUUGGGGGGGGGGGGGGGGGGGGGUUUUGACCAACAUUCCCUAGGAUUUUAACCAAGUCGUACAAAUUUUCCCAAAAAUGUUGUCGACGGGGUGGGGGGGAGGUCAAAAAAAAUUUCCAGACUAACAUAAGCAUAACAAAAGCUUUACAAUUGUUAAAAUUGCAAACCAUUUCAUAACUUUGGGCAACUUCGACCAUCUUUUAUCCCAAACUUUUACCAAAUUUUUCCGAGUUUUACCUUCAAUUUUAAGCAAAUAUCAGUUCCAUUUUGACCAACUUUGACCAACGUUUGAAUUAUUGGGGGAGUUUUAUAGCGACGUCCCUGAGUGAUCUGAAAAAAUACCAUGCAGUAAAACUUUGACGUUUUGAACCUUUCGUCAGGAAGUUACUGGUCGUUGAGUCUCUCAAUCCGCAGUUUUCUGUUGUUAUUAUCACUAGCUACGCUGAUACAGACCAUCAGAGUUUAUAUUCAGUAACCUACAAAAUAUAGUUACUUCUGCGUUUAAGCUCGUGAUUCUGCGAAGUAGAUUUUUUUUCAGAAUUGUCUUGAAAACAUUGUUUGCUCCUGCUUGUUAUUAUUGACAUUAUUUCAUUUUCUUUCAGAAAAUUGAAGCACUGGAACACAAAAUGUACACACAUCCUAUGCAGAAAGAUCCUGAUCGUGACUCUCUUUAUGAACUUUGUGAAAAGAAGUUUAAAGUAAGUAUUGCGUUCAUCCAGCUUGUCUUAUAGGAAUAGCUGUCACUUUGCCUUGUCAAGAGGCGAAUGUAUUAACUGUAAUCUCGUUCUUGUAGUUCAAUGAUGAUAUAAAACUAGCGAAGAAAGAAAUUAAGAAAUGUAGAACGGUAUUACAAAUGGACGAACUGAAAUGCAGGAAAAGAGUUUUACGACGGUAGGACAUUACUUGUACAGAAAAAUAUUUUUUGUAAACUAAACUAAACUAAACUAAAAUAAGCUUCUCCCUAGAGGUCCAGCAAGGCCAAUUCUUAUUGGUCAGUGCAUGUUGCAUGCCUCUAUAUAGGGAAACAUAAGGGUCUAGUGAGGGGCCAUCCCUUACUAGACCAUUACGUUAUGACAUCCUUAUGCCUGAGAAACACGUUAAAUUCCAUCGCAACGACAACCCAUGGAUAACCGAAAAAUUGAAACAGCUGAUCAAGUUUCGACAACGUGCGUUUUCAUCUAAUAACACUACUCUUUUCAAAUUCUACCGAAAUAAAGUGAAUAGAAUGAGAAAAUCUUGCCGGGCAGACUAUUUUGCUUCAAAAGUUGCUAAUCUGAAAAAGUCUAACCCCAAAUCUUGGUGGACAGAGGUUAAACGUAUCUCCGGUAUGAGACCUGUAUCUGGCAGUUUGCUUAACCAACUUCAUGUCGAAGAUACAGAACAUUUAACACACAAAGGUUUUGCAGAUUUAAUUAACAAAAGCCUAAUAGAACCAAUGAAUACUUAUGAUCCCUUAAAUGUUACAGAUUUGAAUACCUUGUUUGAGGAGAUUCCUGAUUAUCCGUUAGAUGUAAACAUGAAUUUGACAAAUACUGCAUCGGUCUUGAAAAAACUGAAAAGCUUGAACCCGCAUAAAGCUCCGGGCCCUGAUGAUAUCCCCAAUUGGAUUCUUCGUGAUUAUGCCGAAAUCCUUGCUCCCUGUGUAUCGGACUUAUUGAAUUCGUCCUACAAGCAAAAAAGACUGCCCUCAUGCUGGAAACAAGCUAACAUUACACCUAUUCCGAAAGAGAAACCUGUUAAAGACAUAAGCAAACAGCUCCGACCUAUUUCGUUAACUCCGGUUCUGUCUAAACUUGCAGAAGAGUUUGUUGUUGAAAAAUAUAUCGCUCCAGCAGUGUUGUCGUCAAUUGAUCCUUUUCAAUUUGGUGGCAUCCCUCGAUCAUCUGCUACAAAAGCCUUAAUUUCUAUGGUUCAUGCGUGGACUCAAGCCACAGAUGGAACUGGAAACGCUGUAAGAGUGGUUCUUUUCGACUAUAAGAAGGCCUUCGACUUGAUUGAUCAUAAGAUCUUAGCCACGAAAAUCAUCCAAUUGCCAAUGCCAAAUUUCAUUAAGCGGUGGGUAAUUGACUUUCUGAUGAACAGGCAACAACGGGUGAAACUUGCAAGAGACUGUAUGUCUGAAUGGAUUGACAUUCCUUCCGGUGUCCCUCAAGGAACCAAAUUGGGACCUUGGUUAUUCAUCCUAAUGAUAAAUGACCUACGCCCCCCACAUCAUGAGCGAUGGAAAUACAUCGAUGAUGCUACGGUAUCUGAAAUCAUUUACAUCAACACACCCAGUAAAAUUCAAGAUACAGUCGAUUGUGUUCAAAAUUGGUCUGUAGAAAACAAGAUGCAAUUAAAUGCCUCCAAGUGCAAGGAACUUGUUAUCAGUUUUACAAAACCUGAGAAAGAAUUUCCGCGCCUUAAGAUCAUCUCAGGCCAAAUCGAGACAGUGAACCACGCAAGAAUCCUAGGUUUGACAAUUUCUAAAGAUCUAAAAUGGAACCAACACAUAACUAACCUAGUUAAGAAGGCGAACAAACGGAUUUAUUUUAUUAUUCAGUUGAAACGUGCUCAUGUACCUGAAGCUGACAUAAUAAAUUUUUACACUACCUGCGUCAGACCAGUCAUGGAAUUCAGCUGUCAAGUUUUCCACUUCGCCCUUCCUUCCUACUUAUCCAAUGCCCUGGAACGGGUUCAAAAGCGUGUUUUAUCAAUCAUCUAUCCACUGACAGGUUAUGCGGAUUGUUUACAAAAAUCGGGCAUCAAACCAUUAAGUGACAGGCGUGUGGAUGCAUGCGAGAAACUGUUUAAUGAAAUCACCACAACACCAGUAGCUAAUAUGCAUAAUCAUGUACCAUCUAGAUACUUUCCAAAUUACGACCUUAGACACUCAAGGUCUUUUGUUGUUCCUCAGACCAAAACGAACAGAUUUAGAAACAGUUUUUUCCCUUCAUCUGCAAGGCAUAUCAAUAAUAUUAACUGACAAUCGAUUCUGAUAUUCAGUUUUAGACUGGCUAACAUUUUUUUAGAAAUUUACUAGUUUCAUAGCUAAUUUGUAAUGUAACUUUAAACUUCUGUAAUAUAGAAUUAUAAAUUGUAAUGUAAUUUUAAACUUCUGUAAAUAUAGAAUAACUAAUUUAAUCAUUUCUCUUGUAAAAUUUAGCACGCAAUUCAGCCUCUUGGCUGCUAUGUGUUAAUCUUAUUAAACAAACAAUCUAUCUAAACAAACAAUCUAUCUAUCAUAUAGUUGCUGCUGGAGGAAGCAUAAGAGUCUUCUUAUCUAAUCCAGUGUUAUUGCAAGAAAGUAUGCCAGAGUAUCCGUAGAAAACCUGCGACGUUUGGGAGAGUAAACCUGGAAGCACUCUUGUCACAUAUGACUGAGACUGAAUUGAUAAGAGAACGACAUUUAAAUGAAUUGAACCGCAUGCAUUGCUACUGUACCUAUACAUGCCAUUGAUGAAAGCUUCAAAAUAGUGGCUGUGUACAUUUCCUUCAUCUAUUUUAUGUUUGAUUUCAGACUUGGUUACUCAACAGCGGCGGAUGUUAUAGAACUCAAGGGAAGAGUGGCAUGUGAAAUAAGCAGGUAGGUUUGAGCAUAGAAUGAUUUGGUUGCAUGCUAAUCAAGAUUGAACAUCACUGCAUCUAGGGAUGGAUCCAGCAUGAUCUGCAAGCCUGCCAGCUCUGGUGCCGAGUUCUGUCGGUCAUGUGUGCCGCCCGCUCAUCAACUUGCUUCACUACUGCAAAGUCUUGCUUGACUACUGUAUUUGAAUUGUAAUUGUUGUUCACAGUUCGCUUAUCAUCAUGUUAUUACUUAAAUUACUGUAUCUCAUUUAUUCUCUAAUAAGUUUUUGCUUUAUCAUGAAAAAUAGCACCCCCCUGCACUCCCUCUGGUCAGUGCUAGGGGGGCGCACCCCCCAGUAAAUCCAUCCCUGACUGCAUCACGUGAAUCCCCAGUUUUAUCUAACAACUGUUCGAUUUUGAACAUUUUGAACAUGAUUUUAGAUUCGGUGGUCGAAUCUUGUUUCAACAUAAUUAGAAAAGAUCGCGACACUAGAGCACAUGCAGACAUAUUUAUUUUAGUAUUUUGCACGAAUUACAUAACCUAUAUCUUUUGACGUUUUGCGGAGAAACUUGAACCUAAACGACUUUUUGUGUGACCCAUGUUAAAACUGUAAAUUUUUAGCGAUAAUCUAAAUGAAAGGAGAUACAACUAAGUGUAAUGCAGUGAAAUAUAAUUUAUACUGUAUGACCAUCUAACGUUCACUCGACUUACAGUAUCAAACAGUGAAUGAAAAAAAAAUGUUAAAUGCAAGAUGCAAGCUCAACUCGGAUCUCCAACCAGUGGCUUACUUUGUUAGAAACACAAAAUUAAUUCUUUCUCCUUUGAAAUUGUAAGAUAUUUUAACAAUGUCGCUGUUUUUUCUUCAGUGCUGAUGAACUGGUGUUGACUGAAAUGAUCUUCAAUGGUGUUUUUAAUGAUUUAACUGUGGAGCAAUGUCCCGCGUUGUUGAGUUGUUUUGUUUUUCAAGAAAAGGUAUAGUUAUACUUUAAAAUUUGAUUGUCGCGGUGUUGACUUAUAAAGCCGUUCGGACUUGGUUUUCUUCUACAUCAUUACGAGACGUUAUUGUCUUAUUUGUACGACUGCAGUUUUCUCUUGGAUUUUCUCUUGUACACUGAGAGCACAUUUUGUUAGAUCGUUCCCUUAAGUUCUUUCCUGUGUUGAAAAUAAGUUUGACAGGUUGUUUCACUGAACAUUUCCCGAACCCUCCUCGAGAGAGCUGCUACCUUCUCGGUGCGUGAAUCUCGAAAAAACCUUAAGGAAUAAAGGAAUAAAUAGGAAUAUUAAGGAAUAAAUAUCACUUCUUUUUUCAACAGAAAAUUGAAAAAAUAUCGGAUUGAAAACAAUUAGUGCAUGUACAUGUCAAUAGGAGCUUCAAUUAUAAACAACAAAACAAAAAACUUUUUGCCUUAAAAUUUUUGAAAAAAACUUUGUUCUGAAUAACAAUGAGAUGGCCUCUUAAUACAAGUCUUUGACUUCCUGAGAUCUUCUCGCCGCUCCCUUUGCUUUCAAUUUGACAUACAUAAAUAUACCUAAUUUUUAUUACAAUAAUCAAUGUAAAUACUGAAUGAAGUGGGAAGUGAAUUGAAUUGAAAUUGAACGUGUUUGUAAUUGAUUGGUAAUUCAUUGUUUUUAGAGUUCAGAGAUGCCAAAAAUGAUAGAAGAAUUAGCAGGACCACUACGACAGCUGCAAGAAACAGCUCGAAGGAUUGGCAAGGUUUCUCAAGAAGCCAAACUUGAUGUCGAUAUUGAAGAUUAUGUUGAAUCGUUUAAACCACAAUUAAUGGAUGUUGUCUAUUCUUGGAGUAAAGGUGCUACAUUCUCACAAAUUUGCAAAAUGACCGACGUGUUUGAAGGUAUGGGAUAAUGUUCAUUUCAUCAUUCCUUUGAGUGAUAUAUUUAUUUUUGGUCAGUAGUAGUAUGUGUGGUUUGAAUUCCUCAAUUCUAUAGUCCGUUUUUAAGAAUUUGUUAAAUUGCUCCCAUGCAUAAUAGACCUUAUGCAUAAUGACGUCACAAGGCUUGAUGUCCGCGAGGAAUGCUGUUAAACAAUUCAAAAUGGCCACUAUAGAAAUUUUCCCGUGCUAUGACUACUAAGACCAGCAUUCCUCGCGGGCAUCAAGCCUUGCUACGUCAUUAUGCAUAUAUAAGGUCUAUUAGUUUAAUAGUUUUUCCCCAUUUGUUAAAAUUCGAUUUUCGCAACUUUUUAAUAAUAGUGAGUGAUUGAUUCAACAGCGUAGACAAACAAACCGAAAUUGACUUUCAAAUUAAUGCAAAUGAACUAUAUUCUAUUGUUAAGCCCGCAAGAAUUGUGGGAAUAUUCGGACAAACUACACUUGUGACGUCAAUUAGAAUACAUGCUAUAUUCAUGCGCGUGGAUUAAAUUAUUUAACAUUCGUCUAUACUGCUGAUUCUUUGUUCUUUUAAUGUGCAUGUAGAAACAUACAUUACGCCCUAUUACGUCACAAAUCCUUCCUUGUCACGAUUCCUCGUUGUCACGAAUCGUGACCCGGGGCAAAUUUUUUUAGGGGCCUCUAUUUCAAAAUUUUUCCGGAAAAAAAAUUUUUCGGACAACAACAACCUCCCCUACCCCGUCGACAACUUUUUAGGUAAAAAAUUUUCCGGACAAGUACGUUGUAAUUGAUUUCCAGCGACUUUACCUCAAUUUUUCAUACCAAAUUUCGGUACUUGGCCCAAAAAACCCCAAAUAAUAUCUUGCCCUUUGCGCGGAAAUAUUUCACCCAACAAAAACUUUCUAGGGGCCCCCAGAACCUGGGGGCCCGGGGCAAUCCCCCCCUUCCCCCCUCUCGAGCGAAUAGCCUUAAUUCACGAGAACAAGGCUCCCAGCCCGGGAACGUUUUCAUGUUGUAAUUAUCGAUGGUGUAUCAUGAUGUAAACCACGUUUUUUCCUCUCCAGGUAGUGUAAUCAGAUGUAUGCGGCGUUUAGAAGAACUUCUCAGACAGAUGUGUCAGGCCGCUAAAGCCAUUGGAAAUACUGAACUUGAAAAUAAAUUUGCCGAAGGUGAGUUCUUUACUUUGUAAGCUUUGCAUUUUCAAAUUAUGUUGUGAAACAGUAAAUUUAGAACCUUUCACGACCAAAUUCCACUGGUUAAAUUUCCUCCUAUCAGUAUAGAAUACUAAAGUACAUCCAAGAACUGUAUGCAUGGUUAACCAGAGUAGUGGUGGCACAUGCCUGUCAUUUGUUCUGUUUAGUUUUGUUGUGCAAGUAUACUGUACUGUAUUAGCAUUCUCAUAAGCUAAAACUGAAUCCCAUCCACGUAGAUAUUCAAAACAUUGUUUUUUACAUAUUUUUUAAAUCUGUUGAUAGGCAUCACAAAGAUCAAGAGAGAUAUAGUUUUCGCUGCCAGUUUAUAUUUGUAAAGUGAGAAAACAUAUCUCAGGUGGUUUGAGUGAAAUCCAGGAUUUGUUCUGGGUACGUGCAUGUCCUGGUAUAAAGAGCUGACAGGUUAUGUAUUUAUGAAGUGGUGGAACACGGAUGAAUGAAGUGCCAAGCUAGAGUUGCCUGCGAAGGCUGGCAGGAGACGUUGAUUACCUUCAUGCUUGUUACAUUACUUGCAUUAAAUGAGAACAGACAAGAUGUUGAGAAAAACCCGGACUGCAACACUGUCUACAAUCUUAGACACAACUCGUGCGGACACCAUCAUAUAAAUAGAGGCGGGCCAUCAACUUCAAGCCUGUUUUCCUCUAGCGAUUUUUUUCGCGCGAAUAUUCUUUUGUCUAAAACUAAUUAGUUCCAAAUGGUUCCAGCGGAAAGUUCAAGGACAAAAGCAAAUAGUCGCUUCGCGCGAAAUAUUUCGCUAUAGUGGAAAACCAGCUUUACACAUAUUUUCAAGCUACGAAGCCCCCGUGUAGUGUUGCUUGAUGUUCGUAAACUCAAAUACAAAUUUCGUGCCCAUCAAUAUUGUAUAACAAUGUUUUAUAUAGUUUUGAUGUUUUUUAAUGUGACUGUCCGAAUGGUUUUGUCUAAGAUUGUGUCUGCUUCCAAUAUGGACGUCGUAUACAAUGACUGUGGCCGGACACAUUGUGAGAUUAUGCACUCGUGACCAUGAAUCGUGACUUAAAUCCAAAUUUCCUACGUACGUUGUCACAUCCAUGAGCGUUCGCGGGCGUACACUAGAUUAUGACUGUAAAUACUGUAAACAAGUCUUUAAAAUAUAUAUUGAAGUUAUUUCAUGAUUUCUAUAAAUGUA